AUGUCAAGUGAUCUGAAAACGUCAUUCGACUUGGAACCCAAUCCCUUUGAGAAGUCGUUUGCACCAUCUCAAGGGAACGGGAUCAAGGGUCCCUCGAGAUCAAACAAACACAACCUCCAUAUUCCCAAUAUCUCUCUGGUCAAUAAUAACCAUACCAAUGGUGGUGGCGGGAAACCAACGGGUAUAACCCCUCCCUUAUAUACUCCUGGUGGUAGAAGAUUGCCUCCCUUGGGCCUUACGCUGCCAUCUUUACAAACAGCAGAAACCCCUGGACUCUGGAACAGUUUAUUAUCGGCUACCACCAACAACAUUGAUGCCAAUGGCAAUGCCACGUCUCAUUCGGUAGGUGGUGGAGGAGGAGGCGGUGCCAAUGGAGGAGUUGUUGAUCAAAAUAAUCAAGCCACGGUUCUUAAUGGAUCGUUUGGUUCAAAUAAUACUUAUAACCUGUUUUUGAACUCGUUAAAGAAAACAGGCUUGACCCCUAAUGAAUCCAAUCUACGAUCAGGGUUAACUCCCUCGGCCACAGGGUUCCCCUUUAUAGCACAAUUCCCCGGUUUAUCAACUCCGGGUGCCAUGAUCACCGGUCCUAUCACCCCAGGCUUGUCGUCACUCUGGAACGUGGGUAACAGUCAAAGUAUGAUAAACACAAUUGGUACUACAGCAGGUCCUACACCACCCCAGGCGGGUUCAAGUAACGUGACCUCCACCAAUAACAGUAAUAGCAUCAACAAUAACAAUAACAAUAACAAUAACAACAACAACAACAACAAUUCCAACAACAAUACCAACAACAAUAAUAAUAGUGUGUCACAGGUCAAUAAUAUCAGCACCACUAACAAUAACGACAAUCCAUUACCUUCACUACAUGGAGGUUCAGCCAGACAAUUUACAACAGUCCAACCAGCCCAGCAGCCAUCACAAGACAACAACAACAAUCACAAUACCAAUAAUAACAAUAAUAAUAGUCUUGUUGAUGAAGAGCUCUCAUUCGUUUCAGAACAGGGCCUGACUAAAGCCUCUAGAAGUAAAAGAAAAGCCGGCACUUCCAAAAGAGACUCCAAGAAGGCUAAAACAGAACCUGCUAUGGCCGAGAAAUCCGAGAAGGAAGAAAGUGGAAGUGACCAGAAGAAUGAGGUUGGAGAUGAAGAUGAUGAUGACGAUGACAAGGAUGAUGAUGAUAGUGGCCAAGCCAAAUCCGGAAAGAGUACGCGUAAGAAAACAGGUGUCACAGAGGAAGAGAAGCGUAAGAACUUUUUGGAACGAAAUAGAGUGGCUGCUUCUAAAUGUCGUCAACGAAAGAAACAAUUGAUUCAAAAAAUGGAGGAGGAAUUGAUGUUUUAUUCCUCCGGAUAUCGAGAGUUGUCUGUACAAAUUGGUCAACUUCGAGACAAUUUGGUGGUGGCUAAGAACUUACUUGUGGGCCAUAAGGAUUGUCCCAUGUUAGUACAAAGAGUUGGAGGAUUUCAACAAUUGAAUAAUUUCUUCCAACAACUCAAUGAUGCCAUUCAAAUCAGCUCUCGUACCCAUACAGAUCCAAGUGCUAUUCCCAGUACGGUCCCUACCACCUUAAAUAGCUCUGCUAUGAUGCCCCUCAGCGUUCCAGUUAUGGUCAAUGGAUCAGAAACAGCACCAGAUAUGAAGGCUUUAUCUACAGCAUAUGCUCCCUCUGUGGGAAUGCCACCUCCUCCAGAUGUCAAGAUCGAAGUCAAUGACCAAAACCGUGUUGGGGCGAACAAGGCUAACGAGCAAUAUGCUACCGAACCAACCACGAUACAGUAA